AAGAAGAAAAAGAUAGAAAAGAAAGAGAAAUAAAAGAAAAAGAAAAAAAACUUGAUUUUAUUGAAAAAAGAAAAGAAUACUCAAAAUUAAUAAAAGAAGUAUAUAUUCCAGUUUAAAGAAUAUAAGUUUCAGAUUAGAAAAUAUAGGAAAAUAAUUAAAUUUCACACUAAUAAAAGAAUUUAAUCUCAUUUUCAAAAAGUCUUCCUAAAUAAAAUAAAAAUUCUUAUGAAUAAAAAGAAUAAAAAGGCAAUAUGUAUUUAACAAAAGUAACCGAAAUUAAAAAAAACGAAGAAAAUUCUGACAAAGAAAAUAAUACUUAAAAAAGUUUCACUAUGAAUUUUUUAUAAUAAUAAUAGGUUAAAAUUAUCAAAAAACCUCCUAAAAAAUUAGAAGCCUUAAAACAUGAUAAUAUUAUACCACCUAAACCGCCCUAAAAAGAUUAUAUUAAAGAAUUGAGAAGUCAAAGGGAAGAAUAAGGUAGAAAAAUUAAACUUGAAGCUUGGGAAAAAUAUGUUUAUGAUCCUAAAUUGUCUGAAAAUGAAAAAAUUAGUCACAUUUUAUAAAGUGCUAAUAGAUUAGAACAUAAAGCAGAGUUAUAGAAAGACAUUGAGGCACAAAACAAUCUUUAUAUUGAUUCUAUUAAAGCUAAAUUAGCUAUUUUAAAUAAUAUUUGUUGA